AUGGUUUGGGAGAUAACGCGAAAAGAGAGGUUGAGAGGGAUCUGGAAGGCGCGGAUGGCCAAGACAGGUCGGAGAAGAGUUAGUAUUUGGGUGGGUAUCAGGAAAAGUAGGUACGAGAUGGGUGGCAGUAAGGUUGUUGAAAGAGAGCUGAACUCGAAGCAAGAGGCAAGAUUUAAUAAGAGUGGUGUGGAUAGUGUGGGUAGUGUAGAUGGGGUGGGUAGUGUAGAUGGGGUGGUUGUGGAUGAAAUGGGUGUGGAUGAAGUGGAUGUUUGGGAGGUGUGGAUAGAUAGCUGGCUUGGGAAUUCAGAUGAAGACGGGUUAGGAUCUCAGCCGGGGACAAGCACCAAUACAACGCGGGUGGUAGAGGGGCCGGAUCGCUGUGUGAUUGAGUGGGUGGGAGGCCGGGGUGAGAGUUUAUCAGAUGUGCUAACUUGUGUCGGGGACGUUCUGCAGGAAAUUAGUAGGGAGUGUAGUGGGGAGUGUAUUAGGGAGUGUAGUGGGGAAUGUAGUGGGGAAUGUAGUGGGGAGUUAGUAUUGAGUGGAGUGGAUGAUGGCGUAGAUGAUGAGGUAGAUGAUGGCGUAGAUGAUGAGGUAGAUGAUGAGGUGGAUGAUGAAAUGGAUAGUGGAUACUCACCCGUGCAGAUCGAGCGGGUUGAACUGUAUGGACUGUUUUUGUGCCGGCGAGUUGGGUGGAAACUACUGGGAUUAGGGGCGGAAGAGAUCAGUCUGAUAAAAUGUGUUGUGGAAAAGGACGAAAGGGGCACGGAGUGCUGCGAGAGUUCGAGUGGGUUGACGGAGUGGCAGGACGGGCGGUUUUCGUGCAAGCAAGUAGUGUUUUGCGAGAUGGUGCUAGAGGAUGUGCGUGUGCUGCUCUUACGAGAGCUGCAGUGGGUUGAGAAGGUUUGGCUGAAGAAAAUCGAGUGUUUGGGGCAGCGGCUUGUAGAGGGAUGGAUAGGCUGUGCGGUAGUUGAGCUGGCGGUGGAGCACUGCCGGAAUUGGGCGUGGAGUGACUGGCGGGCCAGUUGUCCUUCUUUGCGCGUCUUAUCUCUGCAGGCAACUCGAGCAGAGAUAGAUAGCAGUUUGGGUGGAGUGGAGGACUUUAGCUUAGGCCUCAGUCGGAUUGCAGACGUGUCCUUGCCGGAAUGGAUAGUGUGCGACUAUCCAGAUAUGCUGAAGAGCGUGCCGGGAAAGAUUGCUGUGCAGCGAGUGCGGCUGUAUGCGGGCAGUACUAUUGGGGUGGAGAUCGAGCAGUACUGGGCAAAGGAAAGGAUAAAAGUAAGUAUUCAGGCGAGUUUAUUGGGCCGAGCUGAGCAGUACUUAGGGCAUUUACAGCCCAAAGCUCUUGCUCGGACUCUUUUAUUGCAGCGAGAUAGGACAAGGUUGCGAUGGGUUAGUGUUGGUUUGGUGUUGAAUUGGGUGGUCGGGAGGAGAGUAGUAGAAGCUAAAGUAAAUGCGAGCAGAAAGAAUAAGUGGCGUAGUACUCGGGCGGUGUGCUGCCAGCAGCAAAGAGACACUAAGAGGUUGUGGUGGGUAGCUGGUAGUCCUCGGUGGCUGGAAAUAGUCGUGCAAAUGGACAGACAGCAAGUGGAGGUGGGUAAUAGGGAAGCAAGUUACUUGUUGCAUCUACUAUCGGGGCUGUUUGGCCACCUAGAGAAACUGCAGGUGCUCCUGCCUUGUGGGUACUUCCAGAGGGCAGAAGGAAGAAAAGAAGAGCUGAGACUGGUGGCCGAGCAUAGCACCUUGCAGCUGCCAACCAAUACGCUAGUAGGGCACUGGCACGCGAUUCCUCGGCUGUCCUGUGGGUUCUUGGUGCCGGUGGCCCAACUUAACACGCCGCGGUAUGUGAACAAAGCGGCGCGGCUUCUUCUCUACGUGCUACUGGGCAGCGAGACUCCCGGGCUGUUCUGUCUCCAAUGCCGAGCGACUGCGCACAAAGCAGCCCAGCUAAUCGGACAAAAGACAGCGCAGUGGGCUAGGGAGCGGGAAGAAAGAAGGCUUUUGGCCGAGCGAGAAGCAGCCAAGCGGGCCGAAGAGACAGUGCCGCAACAGGACCCCAAGAUGCACCAAAUGUUUCGGAUUAUUCGCCGGCAGGAGCGCUGGAAGGAAAAAGUCCGGCUGAGCGGAGCACAGGGAAAUGAUGCCAAGAUCGGCCAGGAGGCAGAACGGCAGCCACCGCAGCGGAUAAGUAUCGGGCCGUGCUGGAGUGAUUGCUGUCCAUGGAGCAGUGAGCUGGAAGAGAGCAACUUAGGCCGGAUAUUUAUCUGGGUUAGUAUUAAGGGCGCAGAAGCCGUGCUAUCCUUCGCUAUGCUGUAUGUCAUCUACCUGGCACUGUACAUUGUAUUUGCCGGUCUAGAGGCCCUGGGCCAGAACGAGUUCCUAGGAGUGGUAGGACGCGUCAGUGCCGGCAUGUAUUACUAA